AUGCUGGAGGACAAGCAACAACGCGAGCGGGAGACGCAGCAACUCGUAGACGAGAACCACACACUACAAAGCAAAGUCAAGGACCUCACAGAGCAGGUUCAAGGCGCCAGAGAGCAGCGAGAAGACGUCGAGCAGAUGUACAUGGAGGUGGCGUCCAAGUUAAAUCAGGCGUUGAGGGACAACGACGAGCUCAAGAAACCUAAUUCGUCCGGAGACCGCUUACGCGAGCUAGAGACACAACUUGAGGCGUAUGAGCAGGAUAAGCUGCAGUUUACACAGCAGGUCGAGGCCCUCACAGCAGCGAAUGACAAGGCUACAGCAGAGCUCGCUGAAGUCGCAGAUAUCCGCGACAAGCUGCUGGUUCACGUUGGUAUCGACUUGACGUACGAGAGCAUCGAGUCGCUUCUUGAUACGAAGAACAUGGAGAUUCAGAUGCUCACAGAGCAGCUCUCGGCGGCUGAGGCCCCCAAAGAGCAGGCUGUUCGUGAGGCUGUCGGUGCGGCGGUUGCGGAAGCAGAAAGUCUUCAGGUGAAAUUAGAAGCGCUGCAGACGGAGUAUAAUUCGUUGAGUAGCGACAGGACUGAGCAAGAUAAGACUGUGGCGGAGCUUCGAGCUGAGCUGGAACGAGUCGCUGCAGAGCACGCAGCGUCGAUGGAAGAGCAGCGACGAGUUUGUGAGGAGACACAAGUGGAGAAUGAGCAGUUAACUGCACGAUUGUGUGACGUUGAGACGCAGAAACAGCAGUUAUCCGACGAUUUCUCCGCGAUCAAGGCCAAGCUCGAGGGAUUAAUUAUUGCGCUACCGUUAGACAAGCUGACAUCCACAGAAUCUGAUACGGAGAGCUCGCAAGUGGAGGAACUGGAGGCGUGUCUGGAGCAUAUUGAGAAGCAGCUUGUUGGCGCUGCGAAACCAGCUAAGAAUGACCUUGAAAGCGAGGUAAAGACGCUCCAGGAACGGAUCCACAAGUACGAGACGGAGAACCAGCUUCUGACUGCAAAACUCGAAGAGUGCGAAGCUGCGUUGAAGGCUCGUGCCAGCGAGAUCGAGAAGCUUGUAACGAAGGCGAGAAGUGUCAGUUCUGACUCCAACAAGUGCGUGUCCUCGGGCGAAAACGCUGGAUGUAACGGUGAUGCACCUGAGAGAUACAAUGGAGACGCUAACGACCUCGAACUGGAAGCUACGAGGGCCGAACUGCACGCUGUCGAGACAGAGAUGGCAGCCUGUAAAGCUGAAAACCUGCGCAUGAUCUUCGAAGUGGCUAAAACGGCUGAUGGCGUCUCGAAACUCAAGCAGGACCACGAAGAAUUGCUGCAGACUCACUCCAAGACAGCGUCUGAAUUAAGAACGACGCUAGUGCAGCUGGAAUCUCUGGAAUCUGCCAAGAAGACUCUAGAAUCGGACUUACACAGAACAUCCGAGUCUAUGCGGUGCAAUGUCGAGACUUUCGCGAUGCAGAAGGAGGACUUUGAGGCCGCUAUUGCCAGCUUGAACGGUGCUGUACACACGUCUGAACAGGAGAACAGCAAGAUUAAACGCGACUUGGAGGAUAUCAAGACCGAGAACGACGUGUUGGAGGAGCGGAUCAGCGAGCUGCACGCUGUUGCCGACAGCAAAACCGAGCCAGACGAGUCGCAAGAAAAAGACCGCGAGGUUGAGGAACUUCGCUCCUCUCUCGUCCAGGCUAAGGUGAACUUUCUGGAGCAGAAGCAGCAGCUCACAGCUCUGGAGAAGAAGCUGGUGGAGGUGUCCAAGUCCAGUGGCCCUGCUUGCGCUGUGAACAACGCAGCAUUGGAUGCCGAGCGACGAGAGUUCGAGGCUGCGCUGAUUGAGAUGAUCGAGAUGGAAAAGAAGCUUCAAGUGGCUUACGAAGCCAAGCAAGGCCUCGAGUCUACCCUGCAGGAGCGGAUGGAGGCGAAGGCGGAUCUUGAAGGUCGCUUGUCUAUUGCUGAGGACAAGAUCGCAGAGCUGGAGCAACAGUUGGAGCAGAAGGUUGCUCUCAUUGCCACGAUCGAAGAGCAGCUUCGAUUAGUUGAAGAAGAGCGCGAAAAACUGGCAGACGAGUUCGCCAAGACAAAGUCCAAGCUGGAACGCAGCAGAGGCAAGCUGGAGGAGAAGGCGAUCGAGUUUGAGGCGUUUAAAACGACGACCAACAUGCUCAAGGACGAGCGUAGUCGAUUGUUUAACGAGAUUGCGCUGCUAAAGGACAAGAUCACCAAGUCUGAAGCUCAGAAGGCCGAGAUGGCUGACUCCCAGGAGCUUGCGAAUGAAGAAUUGGAGGAACAGCUGAACGAGCUGGCGGAUAAGAUCGCAGAGAUCGAGGCAGAGAAGCAGGAUCUGCGUGCGAGGCUCGAGGAGACGGUGUAUCGCUCCGAAGAAGACAUCCAUCAGCUGAGAGAGCGUCUUUAUAUGCUGGAGGAAGAGAACAGCGAACGCGUCCAGUUCUCAGCAGCUGAGUCUGUUGGAAGAGAAAGUGGACAAGGCGGCUAG